GCGGCGGCGGCGCAGGACGGGCCCAGAGCGAUGCGGGCCGUCAUGGGAGCCGGGCGAGCGGUGGGGCUGCUGCUGGUUGUUCUCCUGACGAUGCCUAGAGCCCGAGCGAACUGUGGGGAGGGAGAGUACUCCCAUCAAGGCCUCUGCUGUCCAUUUUGUGAAGCAGGUACCUUUGUUGCUGAUCACUGCAAUGCUUCACAUGUGAAAGGAAGAUGUGACCCUUGCGAGGAAGGAAAAGGCUUUACUGCCCAUGAGAACGGCUUGGAGGAAUGCUUGCCUUGCAAACAGUGCAAAGAGGAUCAGAUAACUCUGAGACCCUGUAAUCUGACACAUGAUGCUGAAUGCCAGUGCAAACAAGGGUAUUUCUGUGAAGAUGAGAGCUGUGAAAUGUGUCAGAGAAUCAGUCAAGAGCAUCCGGACGGGAAAGAAAUAAUGCUGAAUUCCACUGAUGCUACAGAACUAGGCUUAACGAAUCAAGGGAAUGAAGCUCGUGUUCGGGUUCUUCCGGUGCUUCUGAUUUGUUUCGGUUUUCUAGUAGGUGUUGCUAUUGUUGUUGCUGUUGUUAAAAAGCUGAAAUGUGAUAAAGCUGUCUCAACUGUUAAAGAUGUAGAGGGACGUCUGAUCUCUGAUAGGAUGUGUUCCUGUGAUGCAACAGGUUGUGACUUAUACAAGGUACAAGAACCUAGUCAGAUAAUUGUUGAAGAUCUCUCUCAACGUGAACCGAGAGAGACCUUUGAUGUCUUUACAAAGGAAGCACCACCACAACAGUGGAAGCAGCUUAUGAGAACUCUUCUACAGAAAAAUGAUACUGAUAAAAUUAUUUCUAAAUUUUCUAAUAAUGUAGAAGAACACUAAUAUCAGAUGCUCCUCAUCUGGAAAAAACAGACUGGGAAAGAAACAAUGAUUAUUAAUUUACUGGAUGCAUUGAUGCACAUAGAUACCAAGGCUUGUUACAGUGUAUCAAAGACUUUAAAAAGUAAUAACAUUACAAGUAAAGUAGAAGCUGAAGAUGAAUGUUUAUGAGGAACUGCAGAAAUGUUCCUGUUUACAUAUGUGUGUCUUCAGACUUUCUUUAAAUGAGAGUGUCAGAAACUGCUAGUAGAAACGGAGUUGACAGCCUCCUCACCUCAGGGAGAUAGCGGGAAGGAAUGUAAUAGCUAUGUUGUUUUCAUGUUUACAUGACCUUCCUACCUCCGAGUCUUAAAAUAUUCAACACAGGUGCUGGAUGCCCACUUCGGAGCCAGGAGCUCGGGCAUCCCUUGGUUUGUGAAGUGCUGUCCCAGCCUGGGGACGGGGACCAAGGGUCCGCUGCUGUUUUUUGUGUACUGUGAUGCUUUAGUUUCCGGAACCAUUUUCUUUUGUAUCGGUCUGCUCAGCACCGCUAUGUCCGAACACAGCAAUAAAAGCCUGGCUCAGACAGAA